CUCCUUCAUUCAGCAGUAACUCUUCAUCAGACUCUUGAAGAGACAGACAGAAUAAAGAUCCCAGUGGUGAGACGGAGGGAGCAAACACAGCUCUCUCUCUCUCUCUCUCUUUCAAGUGUUUCUCAGCGAGCGUCUGGAUGGAGGGAGACAGAGGUGUGGAGCUCACACAGAGUCCUGAGACUCUCACAGAGGACGAUGUGUGUGUGAUCCAGGACACGUGGAGACCCGUCUAUGAGAACCGCGAGAGCGCUGGAGUCGCUGUGCUCAUCAGGUUCUUUGGGAACUUCCCAUCGGCGAAGCAGUACUUCAGUCAGUUCCGCGACAUCGAGGAUCCCGAGGAGAUGAAGCAGAGCGUCCAGCUGAAAAAACACGCGCUGCGGGUCAUGACCGCCCUCAACACGCUGGUGGAAAACCUGCGCGACGGAGACAAUCUCAACACAAUCUUCAACCAGAUGGGCAAAUCACAUGCACUCAGACACAAGGUGGAUCCUGUUUACUUCAAAAUUCUGGCCGGAGUGAUUCUGGAGGUGCUGGUGGAAGCUUUCCCACAAUCCUUCAGUCCAGCCUCAGUGCAGGGGGCGUGGUCUAAACUCAUGGGCGUCCUGUACUGGCAGAUGAACAAAGUCUACGCUGAAGUCGGCUGGGAAUCCAUCAAAAACUCUGCAAAGUGAAGGAGAGAGUAAAUGCAGAAUUAUACAACUUACACCAAAGAUUACUGCAGAUGUGUCAUGUAUAUUUGAUUUGUUUCUAUAUUUGAAAUAUUGGAAGAAAAAGAGGACAAGUAGAAUACCUGUGUCAUUGUAAUCAGAGUGUCACGUGUAGUGGCUGUAGUAAUUGCACGACGCUGGAGAAUCCAAACAAACACCUCUUUAUUAAUCCACACAGGAACAUACAGGAGAUUGAAGAAGCAAACUAACACACAACCACAUGAAAUAAAGAUGAUAGCAGACUAUGAGACAAAGGAAACUGAGGGCUUAAAUACACAGGGGAGUUAUAAAAGUAAAACAGCACAGGUGCAGGAACUAAUUAACUACUAUGGAGACUAAUAAGUCCCUUUUAAGGAAAGUCUGUUCACUCGGCGGCCAUAUUUGCAACACCUCCGAGCAGCUACUUCGGCAUCUAAGACUAAGUCCUAUGUAUCUGAAUGGGGAACUCCUGAAAUCUCAAAAACUGCUUGCUGAACUCACAAAUAACAUAUUUCAUAUCAGCAACAAAAUCUGAAAUGAACUGUCCACUAAAUGUUGUUUCUUAUGCUCAAACAGCUUUGAAAAAAGUUUUUUCAGGUUAGAUGAGCCAAUGCGCAUGUGCUGUCCUAAACGCGAGUCUCAGGUUUCUAAGGGAACCGGAGCUUCUAACGGAAGCUGCAGUGACACAAUGACUUUAUCAAUCAGCGAUUGGCUCUUUUACUUAGAAGGCGGGACGUAUUCCGCCAUAUUGCGCGUUGCAGUUUCUCCCAUUCAAAGGAGUGAGCCGUCUUUCUAUAUCUAUAGUCUUUGCUAAUAAUGAUCAGGAACACAGUCAAAACAGAACCAAAACACAAUGAAACUAUGUUUACACAACAACGAUGUAUUAAAAAUGGAAAAGUUUUUUUUCUUUUUUGUACAGAUGACAACGUUGGAUCCGCGAAAAUGACUAAAAACGCUGUAUUACUCAUGCCAGACAAGUAGUUGUCAAUGUCACUUUGUAAAGAAAGACUACGCGCUUGCGUACAUGCAUUCUUUUACAGAGCACACGCGUCAAACGCGCAUGCCUAUCCACCUUAUUUUUACAGUUUACUACACUUUGAUGUCCUUCUCGUUAUUUCCCUAUAGCAGCUAAUAAAUCGGAAGUCUCACACAUUUACAGAAAAAUGAGGUGGAUAGACCAAACACGUAAUAUGCAUGUGCAUGUCUACACGGAGAUGACAACGGUAUCGUUAUAAAAUACUUGCACUUUGAAACCUGUUUUCAAAAGUUUGUUUUCAGGCCACCAUAACACCGUUGUCGAGUAAAUGAACGGCCAAAACGCAUAAAAAGUUUUCCGUUUUUAGUUGAAAACGGUGUCGUGUAAACAGCCCCUAAACAGACAUCACAGAGAGAGAGAGAGAGAGAGAGAGAAACUCAUUUCAGACGAUGUCUUAUAAAUGUACAAAACUCUUUAUGCUAUUUUAUCUGGACUUUAUCGAUGUCAGAUCCCUAGCAACUGUUAUUCAGCUCUGAUAACAAACACCCUGUGACGUAUAAAUCAGUGCAGAAAUCUCAAGCUCUCGGCGGUCCGUCUGCCAUUAAAUAUUUACACAAACUCCAGAUAAACCAUGGGCUCGUACACAAACACGACCUCCAUCAGAUACAAAAAUGUGCAUUUCUGAUGAAACCUCCCAGUCUUAUAAAUACUCUGCAGGAGCUUAAAUAUCCAGUUCAUCUGCAGCAGAUGUUUCUGAAAGAGACGAGUGAUUUUGUAUUAGUCGCUUCCUUCGUGCUUUAUGCUUCCUUCGUGAUUAUGAAACUAAUUAAAAUUAAUAACAAGGACUGUUUUGUGGUACUAAAGCAGCUAAACUCAUUUCUUUUUGUACUUAUUCCAAUAUUUUGUAUCUGUGAUAUAAUCACCAAUUCAGAAAUAAAUUCUGAAACAUUAAAGAAAUAAA